AUCUUGUCGCAUAUAUCAUGUUUUAUUUUGUUCAAUUUUGUUUUAUUUUAUUUUAAUUGCUGAAUAUUUUAUUUCGUCGCGAUUUUUUACAAAACAUAAGACUGGUAAAAGUAUUGAAGCAGACAGAAGUAGCACGAAGCCAGGAUGUCCACGGAGCCGGUUUUUGUGAAAGUGGAGUGUCAGUUGGACACGCAAGAAUGUGAUGUGAAAAAAGAAGCGAAGUCGAGUUCUGAUGAGCCCCAGCCCAUUAACCAAGAAUUUUCAAAUGUACAUGUCAAGGUGGAACCGUCAUAUCUAAAUGAAGAGGCUCAAGAAGUGGAGUGUGACUGGGACAGCAACAUGGCAACCUGCAAUGGGGAGAAUGAGACUGAGUUAAGUCGCAACGUGCCUGGGCCCAGUAAUGCAGACUGUUUGUACUAUCUACAUGUUAAAGAGGAACCGGGGCUGAUAGUUAUCAAAGAGGAGGAGUCACACAUCAGCGACCCCGAUGGGGCAGCUGAGAUUGAAGAGUAUGACUACAUGAACCACAAAGUUGAGGAUGGGGUAGAGCUGGGCCCAAAGUUAUUGCAGCAUCCUAAUGGGUCAGCGUUUCAAGGGGCACAGAUAAAAACAGAGAAUGUUCCAUCACAAGGUUGGAGCUGCUCGGUGCGGCUGGAGCGCGUGGAGGUGGAUGCUGUGCGGCGCACCUGCAGCGUCGGGCGGCGCACCUACGCGCUGCACCGACCAACCUUCUUCUGCGACUUCUGCGGAUCCUCAUUCCAAACCAAACAGCUCCUCGUAGACCACGAAAAAACAGAACACGGUGCCAAGAGUUUCAUGUGCAACAAAUGUGAAUUUACGACUGUCAACAGGACGGUCAUGAAGGCUCAUAUACGUAAACACAACGCGACCCGACUGUUCCGUUGUGGUAUCUGUAGCUACUCGAGCUUAUUGAGAACAGCCGUGCGCCGUCAUCGAAAAACGCAUAGUCUUGAAUCUUUCAAGUGCAGGUAUUGCGACUUCACAUGUGGUAAUAAAAACUAUUUAACACUUCACGAGAAGACGCACACUGGCGAAAAGCCGACUCUUAGAUGUGAUCACUGUGAUUUUAGUUCCGUUCUAAAACCUAACUUGGAAAGACAUAUGUUGUUGCACAUGGGUAUUAAACCGUUUAAGUGUAGUAAUUGCGAUGUCGCGUGUAGUUCUAAAUCAGAUUUACGAAUUCAUCAGAGAGUCCACACGGGAGAGAGGCCGUUUAAAUGUAACCUCUGUAAUUUUUCAACAACUGCGAACACGAGUUUACGUUAUCAUCUAAUGCGACACACCGGCGAUAUGCCUUAUAAAUGUGACCAUUGUGACUAUAAAUGCUGUAAGAAACAAAGGUUAAAAAGGCAUCUGGCGACGCACACAAAUUUAAAGCCUUUCAAAUGCAGCCAAUGCGAUUACCAGUGCAAUCAGAAACCAAACUUAAUACGACACCAGGUGAAACACACUGGUGGAAAACCUUACAAAUGUAGUCAAUGUGACUACACAGGCCGGUAUCAUACCAGUGUAAUGAGACAUCUAAAAACAGUGCAUAAUGGUGAAAACUGUACAGUCCUUAAAUUGGACUUAAAAAAUCAUGAGACCAAUGAUACUGGUGAUAAACCGAAUGAUACUGGUGAUAAACCUGGUACUGGUGAUAAACCUUUUAAAUGUAGCUACUGUGAUGUCUCUUGCCAACGGAAGUCUAACUUGCAAAGACAUGUAAGAAGGUGCCACAGUGACAAACUUGAGAAGUCAUAUAAAUGUACCGAUUGCGAAUACACUACUGAUUUUCCGCAUAACCUAGAUCUCCACCGGCUGGUUCACGCAGGAGAUAAGCUUGAAAAAGUUAAGCCAUUAUACAAGUGUAGUACGGAAGCAGAUAUGCAAGUACACGUCAUGACAUAUACAGAUGAAAAGCUUCUAAAAUGUAGCUACUGUGACUACUCAUGCCGUGCGAAGAAAGUUCUGCAAAAACAUUUGGUGAAACAUGGAGAACAGCCUUUUACAUGCAAAUUGUGUGACUUCAAAUGUGAUUCGUCGACAAUCUUGCAAAGUCAUAAAGUCGUGCACGCUGGUGAAAAGCGACAUAAAUGUAGCGAUUGCGAUUAUGCGAGUACUCGCUUAUCAUCACUAAUAUCACACAAGGCAAUACACAGUGGGGAGAAGUCAUAUGCAUGCAAUAUCUGCAAUUACAAGGCUGUUCGGAAAUCAAGCUUAAACCGUCACCUGACAACACACACCGAUUAUAAGCCUUUCAAAUGUAGUUAUUGUGAUCACUCUUGCAGGUAUCCAUAUUUGCUACGACGACACGAGGCGGUGCAUGAAAAGGAAACCAUUAAUGUAGCUAGUGUAGCUUCAAGUGAUGAAACAAUUUUAAAUCUCCAAGGGUCGGUUUCGCCCUCACAAGAACAGCAAGAGAUAGUUGUGAAACAGGAAAACUCAUGAGCUUCAUGGCUUUUGGUAAAAUAACUGAUAAGUUUUAAAAUAAUGUUUAUUUAGUUGAAAUACAUUAAAUAUGUUACUU